CAUCUGGGUUGUUUUUCCACAGACAAGAAACGCAGCAUUGUACACAGACAGACAGAGGAUUUCGUUGACUGCUACACUGAAAAUUGGCUCUUUUUAUUGUUGUUGAUUUGGGCGCCAGAUACAAAGUCACCAUGUUGGACCUGGACACAUUUACUCAGGAGAACAGCAAGCGGAUCCACGCUGUUGAAAGCUCUUUCAGGUCAUCAGGGAAGCCCCUAUCCCAGCCGGGACGGGUUCUCAUCGGAGAGGGCAUACUGAUGAAGCAGAGCCGUCGGGGACCACAGCCUAAAGCUUUUUUCCUCUUCAAUGAUGUUCUAGUGUAUGGCAGCAUCAUUCUGAAAGGCCGGUGGCUCAAAAACCAACAGAUCAUCCCUCUGGAGGACAUCCAGCUGGAGGACCUAGAGGACAGUGUCAGAAUGAGGAACCAGUGGUUGAUCCGUGCGCCCCGCAAAUCUUUCUACGUGGCUGCCGCCUCAUAUGAGGAGAAGCGAGCCUGGUUUGAUCGCAUAGAGGAUUGCCAGAACAAAAUGCUGCAGAGCAAAGGCGGCGGACGCAGCUCAACCUUCGCUGUCACCUGGAUCCCCAACCAGGUCUCUGCCGUCUGCAUGCGCUGUUCCAACAAGUUCACUGUGACGCAGCGUCGACACCACUGCAGAAAAUGCGGCUUCGUGGUCUGCGGUGGAUGCUCCAAGAAGCGAGCUGUGAUCGAACACAUUCAUCCAACUAAGCCUUUGAGGGUCUGCACCACGUGUCACUCCGGUCUUCAAAGGACAGAGUUAGAGAGCCACGGAAUGACCCGUCUCAGGAGGGACAGCACUGGGAGGAUGGAUUUAGACGGAGAUCAGGUGGAGGAUUGUUAUCAAGAAGGGGAGGCAGAGGACAGGAUGGAGGAUCAUAACCCCAAUAGGUGGAUGGACGCCCGUAUGGACUCCUGGUACCCCUACAUGUACCUCAGAUAAGAACAGUUCUCUCUGUCUUACCAGAUAUUUAAUUAACUGGUGUGUACAGUACAUGUAAAUAAAAUAUGUAGGUUCAAGCAUUAACUCUAACACUGCCACAUGUUUGUCUUUGAUGUGAACAAUGAAUAAUAAAGAAUUAAAAAAAAACA